CUAGCGUAUUCGCUGGUCCUGGGGAGUGUCUGAGAGGCCUGUACCAAGUGCUACUGUUGAUCUUGCAACACUUUUCUAUCGUUUUUAUUCGUACAACACAGACAAUUAUGGAUCCCGCGGUCUUCCCGGAAGAGAUUUGGAUUAAGAUUUUAUUAUACUGCGACGUACCUGACAUUAUCGCGUUCGGUAGCACCUGCAAAUAUUUGAGAAAAACCUCGGACACGGAUUAUCUGUGGAAGAUGAAAUGGCUGCAGCUGAUCUCGAAGGUGCACUUCAGGUUCCCAGACAUCAAAUGUCUGCAGUUGCUCAGCGUCAGCUUCAAGGCCAUGUGCUAUAGACUACACAUGGUGAUAACGCUGGGGGAGAAUGUACCCUUCCCCAAGUGCUACCACUGCAGCGGAUACACCUGUCAGAGGAACUGCGUGGAGGGUUCCAGCGCCAAGGUGGUGAUUGAGAUUGGGAACAAGUACACAUGGGUGAUCACUCCAAAUUUUGGCCUGAGAAGGCACUUCUCCAUGUUCGGCAUCCCCAAGUACAACAAUAAGACUCACCUGGAGCAGGCGCAGACCCAGGCGCAGACUCCCAGUAGCAGCAGCAGCCGUUCCAAGUCUGAUGCCAAGUCCCUGGCGAAGAGAUUGAAGCUGCUGAAACUGUCGGAACUUGGUACAGCGAAGAUCUCCCGGCCGAGUGGGCCGUUCUGCGUUUUCUGCAACACCGUGAAGCUGUACAGGGAGAAGAAGAGAUUGAUCACGCAUCAGAAUGAUCCCAUGUGUUACACCAGACCGAAUCCGAUCUAUCAGAAGCUCAUCAACGGCUAUUGCACCGACACAGUCGACGUCUUCGGGAUCCCGAACGUGGACGUCGUGAGCCCAGCCGAGGCGUUGCUCUGCGAGGGCACGUUUCCGGUUCUCAAGACCUUCAUCGAUCACCUAUUUCAUCAGAUGAGUUUAACCGCGACCCUGAGAAAGCCCAACACUGUGCUCAUGUUCUGCGAACCACUGGCCAUGCAUCCUAUGUUGAGGAAACAGCUGUUACAUUAUCUAUUCCAGGAAGUUAAAGUUGCGAGGGUAUGCUUGGUACCGAAACCUCUGGCUGCAUGUGCUAUGUUGGACGUGGAGACCUGCGUUGUGAUCGACAGCGGUGCUUUGAGUACGACUGUGGCAGUGGUGAUCGGAGGACGAGUUAUACCACAACGUUGGAGAUUACUGCCUGUAGGUGGUUGGCACGUUGCUUAUCACUUGAAGCAGGCUAUGCACUGGCAACCGAAGGAGUAUCAUCAAAUUCCUAUAUCCUACCUGGAUGUUUUGGCUGUUAAAGAAAGAUGUAGACUGAGCUAUAACAUUAAGAACGAGGAGAAACGCUUCGGGCUGAAGGCGAGCGAGCAGAUUAAUCUUCGAAUUGAUAGCUACGCGAAUAAACCAUAUAAAGUCUCUUUAGGACCCGAGUUGUAUAUAGCCCCUGAAAUGAUGUACAUUAGCCUCCGUUUGCCUGAAGUGAUAAAAGAUGUGACGUCAGGAUUACCGGAAGAUAUAAUGCAUGAUUGCCUUUCGCAUAUUCUACUCACUGGCGGAAAUACGGAUCUUUCGGGUUUCGAAUUAAGGCUCACCAAGGAUCUACGUGAACUCUUGCCGGAGUAUAGCAAGAUUUUAGAAGUGAAAAGCUGUCCUGGUACGCAUAGUUGGAACGUGGCAAUGGGAUCUACAUAUGUGCCUUUAGCCGUGCAUCCUGAUAAAACUCCGCCGGAAUAUAUUGAAGGUAAUCCAUUUUGGUUAUCACGAGAAGAAUACGUGUUGUUUGGAUGUGAAUCUCUGGAACACAGUAAUGAAGGUAUAAUAGGCGAUACCUUAUAAUGUGAAUGCCUCACUUAUUAUAAAACCAAGAUAUGCGUGCGUAUCUUAUAUUUAUAUGAAAAGGAAAAAUAAUAUAUAACGACAGGAAAGUAAAUGUUACCAUCAUCAAGUAUAUUUUCUCUUAUAUUGUCUAUAAAUUGCAAGAGUAAUUUUUAGAAAGAGCUGAAAAGGGGCCUGAGACAU